CCAACUUGGUCCGAGAAGGCAAGCUCCUUCCCCUCUCUCACAACAAGUCGCCUCAACAGCUCCCAAGAACUGUCUCUAAACUCUAUCCGAGAUCUUCACAAACUGCGCUAUGUUCAUUAACUUCAAAAAUGCUCGAAAACUACUCUUGGCGACCAUCAUCCUUGCCUCGGCCACAACUAUCGUUCUCUCUCUUUACCUCAAGCCGUCUCUUACUCAUCCGCAUUCGGCCUACGUGCUGGUGGCGAUUUCGGAUCUCAUUAUCUUUGGUGCUUUCCUGUCAAUCUUCCGCAAGUCGCUCUUCCUGAGUGCCCAAACGGUCUCCGCUGAAGCAUUGGGCUCUUUUGUGCUUCUGCCUUUCGCGUUGAUCCUCCUGCUGUACACGAUGAGCCUCUCUCUCAAACCUGAUCCCGGGGCCUUCAGGAUAUACGGGGUCUUACAGGUCUUCGUUCUCAUCAGCGUGAUAUUGCAUGGAUUGUAUACUACGGGAUUGAUAGCGACCGCCAUGUUGACUGUGUGCUGUUUCGACGUCGAUGUUUGGACACGAGACAUCGAUUCCUCGCCUUCUCCCUUCCCCAUGUCUCUGAUCUCAUCUUUUAUCUGUCCGUGCUUCUGCGUUUCAGCAAAUUCCGCAGAGGAAGCCGAUCUGGCGAAAUUCGACGAGCAGCAAAAGCUUGUGUGUCAGCCGGGCACAAGCUGCACUUGCAACGCAGUCAAGCCAAAGUCUCUCGAAGAACGCAAUGUUGAGAUGGGUGGGAUGCCACGUGCGAGUUUGCUUUCAUCGCGCUCGCUAGUGCGGGUUCCCAACGAGCUCGAAAGGCGAACAUCGAUUAUCGUAGCUUUUGAUGAAGUUUGUGACUUGUUGAGCCUGAGAUCCCCGAAGUGCUCGUGCCACCUACACAUCCACAACUGCCUACUCACCCGCGAGGUCGCCAUGAGCAGUGCCAACGCCUCUCUGACUGCUGGAAAGCUUCCCCUGCGGAUUUUCUACACCGUCAAUGGCUCCCCUCAGCGCAUGUUGACACGUACCAACGGUGUCGUCCCCGUCGACUUCAUAUACGCAUUAGAAACCGAAGGCACCUCUUCCCGCGCCAUUGCCCGGCCCCGCUACGCGUCUACCUCACUCAGAGUGUGUCUGGAGUCGAUAUGUCGGUCCAGUCCGGAGCUCUUAAGAGAGAGCACGGUGGAUUAUUCGGUGUACCUAUUGGACCCGAUGGAAACAGCGCCAGUCGAUCUUCCUGGUGGGGCUUCCCCGAAACAGCAAGAUUCGGCAUCCCCAGUGGCAGUUGGCUUGGGUCUUUUGUCUGUGGCGCUUAUGGAGCACGAGGGGAUGGCAACAGGGACGGUCAAAGCUGCCGGAGGGCGAGGUCGUGAGUCGCUGGAGAUCAUUUUUUCCCUGACCCAGACUGUAUCUCUAUCUGCGCCGCUGUCGCUUCCGUGGGCCAACACCUCUGCGCCGUCCAAGGCGUUCCCUCCAUCAUCAGCGAAUCACCCCAAGGCAGCCCCAGUCACCCACUCCGAUAAACUACUCAAUGACAGCUCAUAUGUCGGUCCGGAACGGCGACGUCCUGGUCGUCCCGGGCGCCCCAAACAAACUGUAAUCGUUGACGAAGACAAGGAUCGGAAGAAUACCCCCCUAGCGAACAGCGCCUCCGUUUCUGAAGACGUCGAGUCAGUCAGACAUGUGCUCGGUGUUGUGUCGAACGAUGGUCCCGCCUUGCUCGAUCUGAUCGCAUUUGUUCAAACUCAGCCCAGUCACAUCCAACACAAAGCACUGGCCGAUAUUCUUCGUCUCGUUCACGGGAAAAGCGGAGAGGCCAUAGAACCUGCUCCUGAGCUGAUUGAGGCCAUCAGGCAUUUCAAGCAGCAAUUCUCCGACUUUGCAUCACAUCGUCCACAGGAGAACUUGCCCAGUCUGGACCUCGCACGUCGUAAAAGCGCUUCCGAUGAUGAAAUCGUUGUGCUGAAUAAAGAAAAUGUAAACCCAAAGGUCUUCAGUCGUAAAGGCUCGAAGGAGAAGCAGGCCGACCCGAGCGAUUCGCGCGGUCUGCUAGAGCGCACCCUAACUCAGUCCGGCUCCUCCACCCCGGAUUUGCCGACCUCGACUUUGGGAAGAAAACGCACUCGGACCGAGUACAUGGGCGAACAAUCGGAAACCGUGACCGCGUCGAUAACGACGUCCUAUUAUCGUCUGCCCGAACGUUCGUACUCUCAGCCGUUGUUCACCGCCUCCUCGCCAGUAAAGGAUCCCUCGCACGCAACCGCAAAAGCGAGUGUCUCGGCAUCAUCACCUCCCCGACCAGCCCGAAAGAAAUAUAUCGUCCCGGACUGGGCACGGACCAAGACAUCUCUUCAACCCCGCUUAUCAGCCGCGGCGCAGCUACGGGCGCAGGAAAGAGAGCAGGAGGAAGAGGAGAGAAGAAAGACGAAGGCCGAGGCGAGGAGGAAACAGGCCAAGGAUGAGCGAGACAAGAGCAAGACACGUAAGCCCAAAGGCAAAGGCGUACAGAGGUCAGCGUCGCAAGGUGUUCUAGAUCCAUCAAAAUCACAGGGCGCCUCUGUGUCGCGGACGCUCUCCAUGCCGGCACCUAUAGCAGCCGGGACAGAUUUCCUCUUGUUCGGUUCGCUGUCUCGCUCUUCCGCGGCGACGACUGUACCAUGCACCCCGCCUCGAAAACGAAUGAACACUUUCGUGACGCCAGAUCGUCCUGGCUCGUGCCCGAAUUCCCUUUUCACGCCAGGUCCAGGGUCCAAGACAUGGGGCGAUGCACUCGAAUUUGAUUCGGGUCGACGCUCGGCCUCGCCCACAGGCAACAAGUCUACCCAAUCGCCUUCAGCUGACAUGCUGGCACACGAGCUUGAAAGCGCGUUUGAGGACUUGGACGUUCCCACAUUCCCGUCCAGCGACCAGGCCACCAUCAUGGAAGCCAUGUCUGAAGAUGACAGUGACGAAGAUGGCGAUGGAAAUGGCAAUGGCAAUGUCACCACCGAAAAGCAGAUUCCACAGGCCCAGCACUGGGAGGGUCUUCCCCCAUCCUCUCCCCCUCCUCCCUCGAGCCCGAUCAUGAUGACCAGCGACGACGUAGCCCUCAGCGCGGAUGUCGAGCCCCUCAGCGAUCCCGGCACGGCCAUGGACGCCUGCGACACCGAUCUCUUCGCCGAGUUCAUGAAUUAUGACUUUGCGGACUCUGCAGCCUCGCACCCUGCAUCUGACUGGGGGCUUGAUUCGCAGGCCCCUUCGCAGGAAUUGGAUAUCAAUCAGCUUUGGGAGACUCUGUGUCCUCUCAUCCAGGACACGAAGGUGGACCCGGUGGAUAUGGCUAUCGAGGUGCAUGCUCUCUUCAAUGGAUGUUUAGUAUGAUGUGUUUUUCUUGGCUGGAUUUAAAUAAUUUUGAAGGACUGCGUUCUAGCUAGUUGUAGAUGCAUCUCUGCCGCAGUAAUUGUACCGGAAUGUUGUGCGCAGUGGUUCAAGGCAAGUUAGCAAGUUAGCAAGUGUGAUGGCCAUGACGUAAGCACUAUUGCUCGCUUGAGUCAGAAUCAGUGCACGCGUAUAGACACACCCACGCUAUGCUCAGCGAGAAAGCAAAAGGAAAGCAAAGAGCUGUAGACAUCCCCUCCUCACCUAAUCCCGUCCGCGCUCGAGACCUCGUCGUCCGUUUCACAGAUGGCAGUCCGGACGUCACCGUCUCUGUGAACGAGCGCGACACACUGCACGACGUGAAGGACAAUAUCCGCAAACAGAAACCUCAUCUGGCAACUCGACGACUGCGCUUCAUCUACUCCGGGGCCAUCAUUCCAGACCCGACGGUGGUCAACGACUGGCUGGCAGCCCUCGAAACUAAGCUCAGGAAAACCGCCGCUGGACAGGAUGCGAUCGAGCAGUCGCCUCCGCUUGCGUUAACCUGGAUCCAUUGUUCCGUGGGACGCGAAAUCGAGGCGGGCGAAGAGGAGGCGGCGGACGAGCAGAAAGCACAGUUGCAGCCUGCGCGGGGGUUCGACCGCCUGGCGUCCGUUGGGUUCUCUGCCGCGGACAUUGCCAAUUUCCGGCAGCAGUUCCACUCGCAGUCGGCCUCCUCGAAUUACCUGGACACGGACUUUGAGACGGAGGAAGAAUAUGACGAACACGCGCGGGCGCUGGAAGAAGAGUGGAUCGACUCUUUGGAUAAUGCAGGAUCGGCAACGCUCUCCCAGAACUCCUCGGCGGGCAAUCCUGCCUUUCUGCAGGGGAUGGUGCUCGGAUUCUUCUUCCCCAUCCUGCCUUUCUUCUUUUUCCGGAACUCGCAAGCCCCCGUGUUUUGGGCCGACGGAUCGGGGGUAGAGCCGACGGGGAACGUCAUAUUCUCCAAGUACAUGCAGAUGGGUCUCAUCGUUGGGUUCCUGAUUAACCUGCUGUUUGGGACGUGGCGAUAUCUCUUGGAUGCGCAAUAAAUAGACGACUCUUGCCCCAACCCAAGCGUAGCCAUAUCCACGCUGCCAGAAGUUGCGGACGGUCCUUCGACCCAGUCGAGGGAUUGUUGCGUAGGAAGCGCCAAGCUGCCAGAGCGAGUGAGUCUCGAAGUCCGUGGAGUAUCCCGUGAACAGGUUUGUUGGUGCGAGGCCCUCGUGUGUGUCGAAGACGGUCGAUGUCCACUCCCAGACUCCGCCGUUGGUGCCUUUGGCUCCGUCGAUGCCUGCAGUUGCUCUGUGAUGCGUCAGCUGGCGGUCGACAGGGAUGUCUGCUGCUGCUCACGGGACUGGGUGCCAGUUUCUGAAGCCGACGUUUCCUCCACCCUCGAAUCCGCUGUCGUGUGUGUCCAGGAAGAGCCGCAGCUCGGGCUCUGUCGGUAGGCGACCUCCCUUGGAUCGCGCAUAUGCUUUCAAGUCGUCGUAUGUUGUGAGAACCGGCCAUUCGCCCGCCACGUCCAUUGGCACUAGGCCAUACACCGUUCGAACCUGUGUCCGAUCAGUCGUCACACUCGCGUAAUGACUUUUCUUUUCUUUACCUUGAUCUGGCCAUCCUCCUCGACCCAACUCUGGGGCAGCUCGGCUUUUCCCGCGGCCCAGAACUCAAAGAACUCGUUGUUGGUGAUCGGUCGCCAGGACGCCCUGAAGCUUUCGACACGGACUUGACGCGGCGGGCUCUCGUUGUCCCAGCCGUAUUCCCGCUCCUCGGCGUCGAACUUGAGCGCGGCAACGGCGUCGUCGGCUUCGGAAUCGUCGUGGCCCAUGGUGACCAUCGCGGGGCCCACGACCACCGAAUCGGCGCAAGGCUUGGGUGUCGCAUCCCACUGGAGCUUGAGCAGAUCCCAGGCGGGCUCGGUGAACCCGGGCGGCGGGAGCGUCCCUGUUCCCGCGCGCUGGAUGAGCAUGUACAGCAGCGUCUGGAAUCACACGAAUCAUCAAGGAUGGAACCUCUUUGAUGCAAAGCACGCUCACCUCGACAUGCCAGCCCUCGUGCUCCAGCGUCAUGACGAGUGUCCGCGCGAUGUUUCGCGUCAGCGUCCGUUUUCCGCUGUCGAUGUCGUCGUACAACUGAGCCAGUCGGGCCCGGACGCCGUUGCGGAACCCGAUGAUGCCGUCCAGCGACGGCCAGUCCUCAUCUUUCUCGGGGACGACCGAGUGGUUGUGGCAGUGGUCGGGAUCGUCGACGUGGGGGUCGAUGCCGCGCUGAAUUGGAUCUCAGUGUCUGGCUGAAUGGGCUGCUCAGAUAUCGCGCGCUCACCUCGAAGAUGUCCCAGAAAUACGCCGGUUCGGUUGGCGAGCCCCCGAUGGACUUGGACAGCAGCAUGUCCAGGAACCUGUGUCCCACCCCACGGGUUAGCAGAGCACACGUGCGCUGUGGGUGGCGCGGAGACUCACGUUGGGAUGUGCCCGAUGUAGAAAAGACAUCUGGUUCUCCCGUCAGCGCGCGGCGGGCGACGGGGAGGGGCGAUAGACUCACUUGUGACGCAGGUCGAUGGGCUUCUGGAGCAGCAUCUCCUGGGGAAUCAUGCCCAGAGUGACGAGAUCCCAGGCCCGCCAGAGGUUCUGCCACUCCCCGAGCGUGGGAAUGUUGCCUGUCUCUGGUCUCUUCGCACACGGGCUAUACGAUGGCGCAGUGGACAGCGGCGGGAACACGACCCUCGGUCGUUCGAGGAUGUACACCGAAUCGUGGCCGCACUCUGACACGGCAGACAGCACGCAGCGGAGGCCGGCGACCGCAAAGGUGUUCAGACGGCUGGCUUGGAGAGGGUCGGUUGAGAUAGCAGCCUGCCAGAGAUGGAUAAACAAAUAGAUAGUGGAAACCGAUCUGAAUGCUGAAUGACCUUGGUAUGGGAAAAACUAACGCAGCCAUCGGCAGAAGCGAAUCGGUAGUCUACGCCGUCGACUUGCUUGGCCUGCCACUCGGAAGGGGCCAACCGGACGAUGGUCUGGUGGGACAGGUCCGCGGAUUUCUGCUCGUUGAUGCACAGCGUCAGCAGCGCAGCGUCAUCGCCGCAGUGCAUAUCGAAGACAGCGCCGAGAAGCGCAGGCUUGAGAAUAUCCGCACGCGCACACACGUGAUGCACAAGACGGUCGAGCAGUCUGCUGGGCGACAGCGACGAGGAGGCGGACGAGGAGGUGGUGGUGAUGGACUCCGUGUCCGAGUCCGAAGCAGGCGUGCCAGGCUCGUCGUGCGAGAGGCUGAACGGGACGCGAGACAAGAGGGCUGCAGGCAGAGACAUGUGGGGGGAGAGGGAAG